AAAAAUGUCUUCCGAUAAUGAAUGUGAAAAUGUGCGAAAUGAUGCGAAAAAACGAAAGAAAGGUGUGAAAAAUGAAGAAAACUACGUGCAAAAUGUACGCAAAAGACAAAGAAUAAGUGGAAGAGAGUACACAACACAGAAAAACAAACUUGUACAAGCAAAGACUAUUGGCGAAAAUUGCAGGUGUAAAAAGCAAUGUUUCAAUAAAACAUCUGAAGACCAGCGACAAAUGAAUUUCGAUAAACUUUACAGUAUUGAAUCGAAAAAUGGACAAGACAUUUUUUUACAAUCCCUUAUAAGUUGUACCGAGAUCGAAAGGAGAAGGCCCAGAGUUGAUGACGAACGUAGCAAGAUGAGUGCAAAGAGGAUUCGUAGAUUAUCAUACUUAAAACAAAUUGGAAAAGUACCUAAAGAUGGGCGUGGAAAAGAGGUGACGUCCCGUCGGGCCAUUGAUGGAAACCUAUGUUUGAAGAUAAGAGAACACAUUGAGUCAUUUGAUGUUAAAUCUGUUCAUUAUGGCAAUUCUGAAAAAAAGUAUCUCAGUGCUUCUCUCGACAUUAAACAAAUGCACAAAAUGUUUUUACAGAAAAAUCCAGAAUGUAACAGCAUCACAUACAGUUUCUACAGAAAAUAUUUCAAGGAAAACUUCUCGUUAAGCUUUGGAAGACCUCAAGUUGAUACUUGCUCAAAAUGUGAGGAAUUGAAUGCGAAGAUUAAAAGUAAUUUCUUAUGUGAAUCUGCAAAAAGAGUGGCUGUAGGAGAGCUUCUUGUGCACAAAACAAGAGCGAAAAAAUUCUAUAAAAAGAUAGAGCAAGUGAAGAAUGACAUCAAAAAUAAACAAAAUGCUUUUGCUAUAUGUAUAGACUAUAUGCAAAAUCUUCCUCUACCUCACAUUCCUGUUCAAGAAAUAUUUUAUUACAGACAGCUUUGGGUCAAUGAGUUUUGUGUUCAUAAUUUAAAAACAGACGCUGCUGUUUUUUACUCAUACCAUGAGGGCAUAGCCAAUAAGGGUCCAAAUGAAGUAUGUUCAUUUUUACUUCAUUAUAUGGAACAUUUCAUGCCAUCUGCAGUUGACGAAUUGCACAUAUUCUCAGACGGAUGUGCUGGCCAAAAUAAAAAUAAUACAGUAGUAAGAUUUCUUAUGGCUUUGACACAGACACAUAGAUUUCAAAAAAUUUAUCAUUACUUUCCAACCAGGGGCCAUUCUUUUCUGCCCUGCGACAGAGACUUUGGUCUUGUCAAAAGGAAGAUAAAGAGAUAUGACAGAGUGUACACCCCAGAAGAAUAUGAAAAUAUUAUAGUAGCAAGUUCAUAUUUCAGCAAAAUAUCAGUCUUUAAAGUCACUACUCAAAUGGUCAUUGACUUCAAACGUGCUCAAGCUUACGGUGAUAAAGUUCCAAUUAAUAUUAAAAAAAUAGAGGAUAUUAAGAAAGUCAUGAAACAUAUUUCCACAGAAUUUCUGACUUUUUACAAUGAUAUAAUUAAUUGGCCAGCUAAGUCAUCUGAAACCCUUGAAGAAGAUGUAGAAUGA